AGGAGAAGCGGGGUGAAGGCGGGAGUCCUUUGGGGUGUUUGGGGAGGGGGAAUAGGGGGCAAGGGACCUGCGACCCUGGGCCACUUCCAGAGCCUUGCCGGUGGCCUGACCCCGCCAACUCGCUGGACUCCGGCCCCAGGAUGAUGACAGGCGAAGGAGAGGCCUGAGGCGAGGGCGGCAGGGCCAGGCCAUGGCUGUUUUCGACACCCCACAGGAGGCGUUUGGGGCCUUGCGCCCGGCCUGCGUGCAGCUGACCAAAGCCCAGACGGCGGAGAACGUGGAGCUGCUCCGCUCCCAGCUGCGGACGGUCAGCGACUCUGCCCUGCAGGAACUCCAGGAAUAUGUCCUCUUCCCCCUGCGCUUCACCCUCAAGGUCCCAGGGCCGAAGCGGGAGCGCGUGGUCCAGACCGUGGCACAGUGCGUGGCCUCUGUGCUCUCCGCCACGUGUGUGAAGAAGCCCGAGCUGCUCCUGGAGCUGUUCUCUGAGCUCUGCGUCUGCCUGGCCUCCCCCUCCAGCCCGCAGCAGCUGGCCCCUCUGUCGGAGGAGCUGAAGGAGGCUGUAUUGCAGGCGCUGCUGGCUCUGCUGCAUUCGGCUUCCGGCGACGUCCUGGCAACUCUGUACCAGCCCUCCAACCUCCCGCACCUGGGCUUUGCCGUCUCCUUGCUGCUCUCCCUGGCAGAGCAGGAGAAAGCCAAGCAGCUCAAGAUCACAGCCUUGAAAUGCCUGCAAGCGCUGCUUCUGCAGUGUGACUGCGAGGGGGGCCACCGGCCCCUGGGCGGCGAGGAGGCAAAGCGUUGCGGGGAUCUCUUCGCUUCCUUCCUGCCCGGGAUCUCCCUCACGCUCUCCCGGAUCAUUACGGGGGACAUGAAGCAAGGCCAUGCCGUCGUCGUCUCGGCCAUCAAAGUCUUCUCCCGGGCGGUAGCUUCGGUCAUGGCAGAUGAGCAGCUGGCACAGAUCCCGCCAAAGACGGAGGCAUCUGUGCCGGGGCAAGGCAGACUCUCAGGGCUUAUGGUCCACCGAGGCCCAGACUGGGCAAAGAGCACAGCAGCCAAGCUCUCCAUCCUGAUUGUGAAGGUGGUUGGGUCUGUGUCCGUUCACCCUCACUGGAAGGCGAGGAUGGAGCUGGUGGAAAUGGUCCAGCUCUUGAUGGCGACCUGCGGCCGGUCUUUGGUCGACUCCGUCGGCCAGCUCCUGAAGGCCUUGGUUGGCUUUGUCAAUGACGAGAGGCCCGAGAUCCGAACUCGGAGCAGCGAGGUCCUGCGGAGCGCCGCAGAGCAGGGAAGGGUGGCAGAGAAUCGCCUUCUUGCUGACAUCCUUUCGGAGAACCUCCACUCACUGGCCACCGCCCUUCCCCGCCUGAUGAGCUCCCAGGAUGACCAGGGCAAGACGGUCACCUUGAACUUGCUCCUCGGGUACUUGAAGCUGCUGGGCCCCCGGGUCAACCUGGUUCUGAACUCCGCCUCCCACCUCCACCGCCUCUCCAGGGCCCUUGUGCAAGUCCUGGAGCUGGACGUGAGGGACGUGAAGGUUGUGGAGGAGCGGCGUCUUGGGGACGUGCCGGGACCUUUGCAGUGCAGCAGCAGUGCCCAGAGAAAGUGCUUCCGGUUCUUUGCCGACGAGCGCAUAUUCUCCUUGCUCCAGCAGAUCUGCCGGGUCCUCGGAUACUAUGGGAACCUCUAUUUGCUGGCAGACCAUUUCCUGGGGCUGUAUGGAGAGUCCGCUGUGUACCGGAAGCAGGCGGCGAUGGUCCUCAACGAACUGGUUGCUGGAGCAGCAGGGCUGGAGGUGGACGUCCUUCAUGAGCGGGAAGAGGUGGCCAGUGCUGAGGAUCUCGGAGGUGUCGUGGCUUCUGUGCUGGAGGAAUACGUGGACCAAGCCAACUGGCACCUGGUCACUAGCAUUGAGGCUGAGGAGGUGGCCAGUGAACCAGAGGCAAAGGGCUCCGGGCUCCUUGCUGUUCCGCCUGGCCACCCCCUUCCUCUCUCAGAUGCCAAGCCCACCGUCCACACCAUGAACGGCAACAUCUGGCAGAUUUGUAUCCAGCUGGAAGGGGUGGGCUGCUUUGCUUCCGCGCUCAAGCAGGACUUCCGCCCGCUGCUGAUCUCAGCCUUGUACCCCGUCCUGGAAAAGGCAGGAGGCGGCACUCUCCUUAUCAGCCAGGCAGCCAGCGGGGCCAUGGGGGCCAUCUGCUGCGCCUGCGGCUACGGCUCCAUCCCGGACCUUAUCAAUCAGAACGCCGACUACCUGGUGAACGGCAUCUCCUUGCACCUGCGUCACCAGGCUCACGUGCCCCGUUGCUCGCGGGUCCUGGAAGCCAUGCUGAGACACUCGGAUGCCAAUGUGCUGCCCCUGGUGGACGACGUCAUCCAGGACAUCCUGGCCAAGCUGGACCAGCAUCACGCUGACCGGGCGGCCUCGUUCCUUGGGGUCAUGCACACGCUGCUGCUGAGGCUAGCUUCCUGGUUUGCGGUGGAGUGCCGAACGGAGAAGGAUUUGGAGCAUGAAGGUGGCUGUAUCUCGGGAGCAGCUGAGCAGAGUGAGGAAACGCUUCCCCCGCCACUUCUCACCGCAGAGGCCAUGGAAGAGUUCUUCCUCGAGUACGUGAAGCAGAAGCGGAUUGCAGAAGGCAAUCUCACCGAGGAGGAGGAGGAGGAGGAAGAAGAGCAGCUGCCUGCUGGGGAGCCAGAGGCAAACGAGCAGAGCCUGGAGACUGAGAGCCUGUUGCCAGCCCAUGCCCAGAUCGCCAAGGCCGUGAUGGAGAGAUGCGCCCACUUGCUCUCCGACAAGAGUCUCCGUGUGCGGCUGAAGGUCCUGGAUGUCUUGGAGCUCUGUGUGAAAGUGCUGAGCCCCCACGAGAGCCACCUCCUUCCGUUGGCCCAUCGGACGUGGCCUGCCCUCGUCCACCGCCUGACCAAGGACGACCCUUUGGCUGUUCUCAGGGCCUUCAAGGUGCUGUGCACUUUGGGAGCCCACAGUGGCGACUUCCUGCGGCGGCGAUUCUCCAAAGACGUCCUGCCCAAGCUGGCAACCUCCCUCGUCACCCAGGCCCCGGUCAGCACCCGCGCAGGACCCAUCUAUGGCCACACCCUUGCCUUCAAGUUACAGCUCGCCGUGCUGCAAGGCCUCGGAUCCCUCUGCAAAACUCUGGACCUUGGUGAGGGCGACCUGAAGAAAGUGGAGGAGGCCUGCCUCCCCUACCUCAGCGCCAAGCAGCCUGCCAAAUUGCAAGAGGCUGCCUGCAGCGUUUUCCUCCACCUGAUGCAGGUGGACCCAGAUGCCGUCUGGCUCUUCCUCAGCAACGUCUGGUGCCCCCACCCCUACGAGCCCCCCCACCCCAGCCUGCGCUCCGUGAAGCUGGCCGGGGCGGAAAAGAAGCGGGACGAGUUCACCGACAAUGUUGGGCGCCUGCUGGGCGAGCUGCAAGGGAGGGAAGGAGCAGCAGCUGCACCCUGAGGGCCACCCUUGGAACCUGGGGAGACAGGAGCCUCUUGCUAGGAGCUGGGGGUCCAGUGGCGCUCCAGGCAGCAGCAGCAGGAAGGGGAACAGGAGGGUCGACGGGGGAAGAUCCUCAGGCAGCAUUGUGCAGUUGCUGAAGAGGAGAGUUGGAGCUGCACCUCCUCGGUGGAAGGUCUCAGCUGGCCAGAGAACAUGACUGAACAUGAGAUGGGACCUCAGCUUAAUGUGGAAUAGGCACCUCUUUUGUAUCCUUUGAUUCCCCCUCGUCCAUACGGCAUUCACCGGGAGCAGCCUCUGCCCUAGACAUUCUCCCUGCUCAAUCUGGAAUUUCUCUGAUCCAUGGAAAAUCCAAAAAGGACACCUGCUCUAUCCUUUUUAUUAAUUCAAGAAAGGUUAUGCAGUAUCCUGCAAAGUGCAAUGUUGUGAAACAGGAUCUGGUGUGGCCGUUUACAUAGUGCAUCUACAAAUACAGACAGACAUGAAAUAAAGCCAAAAUAAAUAAACCACAGGCCUGUUUUGCUGUGAUAGGUGGCAGUGGCUGAAACUAUAGUGUAGACAUAAUGGUUAAACAAGACAAGGUUCCCCUGUUACUCCAUGUUAUUAAAGUAUUCAGACACCCCGAGUCGCUACAUUGUCCAUAUUUGUUUGUAGGUCGUGGUGGGGGGUCCUCAGCCAUGUUCCUCCUGGCUUGCAAAUGAAGUCAGAUCAAGCAGGUAGGAAGUUGUCCUUCUUUGCCUUUGUCUUCUGCCAGCUUUCCUUGGACACCUUGGUCCAUUUUUUCCUUCUUUUGA